AGCCUAUCAGGGCGCGGGGUCUUGCCGUGCGGCCUGGGUUUAGCUGCCAUGUGAGCUCUCCGGCGGCAGCGACCGCGCGCUGGGUGGGCAGCAUGUCGUCCUCGGCGGCAGCACGGAAGCGGGGAAAGGCGGUCCCCGGGGUUGGGGCCGCCGCAGGGGCCGGCAAGCGACGGCGAAAGGGCGGCGCCGCGGGUGACGGCGGGAGGUCCGGCGGCGGGGUGGCCGAGGAGAUCUCCAGCGACUCCGAGAGCGAGAGCCUGGCUCCAAGAAGGACUAAGGAGGAGGAGGAGGAGGAGGAGCUGGAGGAAACCGCCCAGGAGAAGAAGCUGCGCUUGGCUAAGCUUUACCUUGAGCAGCUGAGGCAGCAGGAGGAGGAGAAGGCCGAGGCGCGGGCGUUUGAAGAGGACCAAGUGGCCGGGCGCCUGAAGGAGGAUGUGCUCGAGCAGAGGGGCAGGCUGCAGAAGUCAGUAGCAAAGGAGAUCCAGCCCCCAGGCCCAGCAGACAUUCGGGUUUUGCGGGGCCACCAGCUCUCCAUCACGUGCUUGGUGAUCACCCCUGAUGACUUGGCCAUCUUCUCCGCCGCCAAAGAUUGCACCAUCAUUAAGUGGAGUGUGGAGAGUGGACGGAAGCUGCAUGUGAUCCCAAGGGCCAAGAAGGGUGCGGAAGGGCAGGCCCGUGGCCACAGCAGCCACGUCCUCUGCAUGGCCAUCUCCUCCGACGGCAAGUACCUUGCCUCCGGGGACCGUAGCAAGCUGAUUCUCAUUUGGGAGGCCCGGAGCUGCUGCCACUUGUACACCUUCACGGGGCACCGGGAUGCCGUGUCGGGGCUGGCGUUCCGCAGGGGCACCCACCAGCUCUACAGCACCUCCCACGACCGCUCCGUGAAGGUGUGGAACGUGGCGGAGAACUCCUACGUGGAGACGCUCUUCGGACAUCAGGAUGCUGUGGCCGCGCUGGACGCCCUGAGCCGGGAGUGCUGUGUGACGGCUGGGGGCCGGGACGGGACCGUGCGUGUGUGGAAGAUCCCCGAGGAGUCCCAGCUGGUCUUCUAUGGCCACCAGGGCUCCAUCGACUGCCUCCAUCUCAUCAACGAGGAGCACAUGGUGUCGGGCGCAGAUGACGGCUCCGUGGCUCUGUGGGGCCUCUCUAAGAAGCGGCCACUCGCCCUUCAGCGGGAAGCUCACGGGCUGCAGGGGGAGCCAGGCCUGGAGCAGCCCUUCUGGGUGUCAUCGGUGGCAGCCCUCCUUAACACAGACCUUGUAGCUACAGGCUCCCACAGCUCUUGUGUGCGGCUUUGGCAGUGCGGGGAGGGCUUCAGGAGGCUUGAUCACCUCUGUGACAUCCCCCUGGUGGGUUUUAUCAACAGCCUCAAGUUCUCCAGCACCGGGGACUUCCUAGUGGCCGGCGUAGGCCAGGAGCACAGGCUUGGCCGAUGGUGGCGGAUCAGAGAGGCUCGGAACUCCGUGUGCGUCGUGCGGCUGCGCAGGGUGCCUGUACCCCCCGCGGCUGGCUCGUGACGCUGCUCCGUAUUUAAGUUCUUCCCGCACCCUGCCCCACUCUUUGUACUAAAAGCCUCCUUUUUGGA